CAUCAUGCAGACAUACUGUCGUCUCAUGUACCAGAGUCCUGCCUGCUCAUCAUCCUUGGUGUGGUUGUUGGAGCCAUCAUGAAUGCCACCAUGGAUUUUGAGGACAUACCAAGAAUGGGAGCCACACUUUUCUUUCUUUAUCUUCUUCCACCGAUCAUCCUAGAAUCAGCUUACAGUCUCCAUGACAGAACAUUCUUUGAAAAUGUUGGUACCAUUAUAAUAUAUGCAGUCAUUGGAACGAUAUUGAACUGCUUUUUGAUAGGACCAACUCUCUAUGGACUGGCCAAAGUUGGAGCCAUGGGGAAUGUGGACAUAGAACUCAUCCCCUGUCUGGUGUUUAGUGCCAUCGUUGUAGCUGUUGACCCUGUUGCUGUACUAGCUAUCUUUCAGGAAAUCGGAGUCAACAAUGUCCUGUACUUUUUGGUGUUUGGAGAAUCCUUACUGAAUGAUGCUGUUACAGUUGUCCUGUAUAACACUAUGAAAGAAUUCAAUGAGAUGCCUUCAGUGACUUCAGAUCAGGUGUUCCUGGGGCUGGCCGCUUUCUUUGUGGUCAGUCUGGGAGGCCUUUGUAUAGGAAUCCUAUUGGGAGUUUUGACCGCCAUCAUUACAAAAUACACUGUUCAUGUCCGAGUUGUGGAGCCUUUGGCCGUGUUCGUACUUGCCUACAUCUCCUACCUGCUAGCGGAGCUCUUUCACUUUUCUGGAAUUAUCAGUAUUAUAGGAUGUGGCCUUGUCCAGGCUCAGUAUGCUUUCCACAACAUCUCACAGAAGUCACACACCACCAUCAAGUACUUCAGCAAGAUGCAGAGCUCGACCAGUGAUUGUAUCAUCUUCCUGUUUCUGGGAAUUGCUCUCUUCAGUCCAAACCUGUUUGACAGUAAGAACUGGCAUCCAGGUUUUAUACUUUGGACCCUGUUUUUGUGCCUUCUGUAUAGGUUUCUAGUGGUGUUUGUACUGACCUACUUUGUGAACAAGAGUAAUCGGAUGAGACGAAUUGACAGAGAAGAACAGUUCAUCAUGGCCUAUGGAGGAUUACGUGGAGCUGUUGCUUUCUCGUUGGUCAACCUUCUGGAGAAUGGUGGACUUCCUAAAGAUAUGUUUACUACAGCAACACUCUGUCUCAUCUUCUUCACAGUAUUCUUACAGGGGAUUACCAUUAAGCCACUGGUGAAGAUCCUUAGGGUUAAGUUACAGGAGAACGACAAGUUACUGAUUAUCAGUGAGGAAAUUAACAUGCAGGUUACGGACCAUAUAAUGGCGGGUAUAGAAGAGGUGAUUGGUGAGAGGGGAGAGCACUACUUCAGGGAAAUCCUUGAGCACUAUAACAGAAAGUAUUUAAACCUGUGGCUACAGAGGGAUCCUGUCAGUAUGGAUGAACACAUUAUGUUCAUGUUUGAACAAAUUGCCUUACAGCAGCACUUUGAAAAUUUAGCUGGAUCUAAAAUGAUACAAGAUAAAUAUGCCAGCUCUGAAGUUCUUCUUCCUUCACAGUUACUCCAAAAAACUGUUUAUCAAGAAGAGUGGGACAGCGACAGUUCAGAGGGUACAGUGCUUCCCUCAGUAACCGUACCCUCACUGCCACCAAAGUCGCUGACAUUUGACCUUGGGGAAGGAGAAGCAGACAUAGAACUGAUACGGAGGGGAGCUGAAGCCAGAAGGGAAACAUUAGCAAAUAUUCGGAACAAGCCCAUAUUUGGUAAACGCAGAGAAUCAAAACACAUUGAAAACCCAACUGUGAAGGAUGUCCGCAAGAUGUUGUCUCCUGUCCGUAGAGAGCUUCCUGCCAAACUGGACAAGAAUCUGAAGAAUGAAAGUAGUUCUGAUCUACUGAAAUGUCUUCAAGAGAAACAGCUGAGAACACGAAGGAUGUCUCGUGUUCUCGGCAUGGAACAGAUUCCAGGGAGCAUAGAGAAAAUUCCAGGAAGGGGUUUUAACGCUGAUGCUGCAACAGCUAAUUAUCGUCGACGAUUAAGUCUGGCUGUUCCAGCUCAGAAAUCAAAUUUUAUACGUGAGCGAUCUCCGUCGGACAUUACGUCUUUACGGAUGAUGAGUCAGUUCAGGGAAGGAGAUGCAGGCAGUAGAACAGAUUUUGUAUCCGAAACUCAGCAGAAACGCCCACAUUUGUUUAAAAAGUCUCAUACUUUAACUGGAAGUGAGGGAAAGGAAGAUUUAUCUCCCUUGAUACGUAGAGCAAAGCUUGACGUUCCAUCUGGUAGUCCAGUUAUGAGGAACUCAACAGGACACAAAUUUGAAGUUAUCUCAGAAAAUGAAGAGGAGGAUUCGUCAUCUCCAGAAAAAUCCCCGAAUUCAAAAAGUCCCCCAGACUUAAAUACUGCCGAGCAAUUAGGAUCAGGUAAAGAAGGGGAAGCUACUCCAAUUAGUUUUGUAGUUGACACUCACCCACAACCAACAGUUUCAGAUUCAAUUGAUGAUGGACAGUUGGCUGAUAAUGAAGACUCAAAUGUCAAAUCAAGGUCCUCUCCCAAAUCUAGACUUCAUAAGAAACGUAGUCUGUUACAAAAAACAAGAUCUGUUGAUGUAAGUAAACUUGACAGUGAUGACAAAAAUAAUGGAAGGUCACUAAGUGCUAAUUCAAAUCACCCUCGACCUCUCUCUGAUUGCUCAUCAUUUAUGAAAUCCGACAAAAAGUCUGAACUCCAAGGAUCGCCUUUACGGAAGUCGUCUUAUCUUACUGCCAUUUCAAAAUCUGAAGAACAAGAACCUGAACAUUCCACAAAGGGAGAUCACUCUAUUGAGAUGGAAAACAUAGCAAAUGAUAAACAGAAGGAAGAUGUUUAAUAAACGGUGCUUUAUUUUCUUGAUAUAUAUACUGAUAGAAUUUUAAAAUAUAAGAAAGCUUUGAGGUUGAUCUUGAGUAAACACUUAUAGAAAUAUCAGCACUGAAGAGCCCGGUUUGUUUGUUCCAUGGCCCUUAUUGCACUUUUGUAAAUUUUGUGCAUCAGAAAAAAGAUUUAGAAUUAACUAAACAAUUUUAGACAAUUAAAAAUGCUUAUUUUUAUUGUAGUUUAUUGUAUAAAGGGAAAUCGUCCCUCAUUUUUCAUGUCAGUCUAAUUAAUGGAUAUUAUGAAUAUUAGGUGAAUCUUGGAUAAUUUAACUUCCGACAGAUUAUCAAAGGAACUUAAAAACAUUACCUUUACUUUGAUUAAUGUCUGACCAUAUACUGUAUUGAGAAAUAUGCAUUCAUAUAAUUGCUAAAGUUGACAUUAUGCAUGGUUUGAGCUUUUCAUUUCCAGUAUGUUGUAAGGAGCUCAAUGUGAAUAACAGAAGAAUAUGUUUUACUAUAGAUGUAUGUUAUUCCUAUAUUUCCUUUUUAAAUUUCUAAAUACAAAGGUACAUCCAAUUGGCCAUGAACACAAAUAGUUUUGUUUCAGUUAUUUAAUACAACGUUGAAAAGGUAGCCAUAUUGCCAGAGCUGAGCCAUCAUUAUCGUCUAUUAGUUUGACCAUUAAGUGUGGAUGAUAAGAAAAAUCUAGUCUACUAGUAGAAUAAAGGGUCUAAGCCCAAGUUCCUCUGGCCCAGCUGACACCAAGUCUGGUGUAAGGGUCCUACACAAGUCAUGGUGUUAGGGUCAGAGGAAACUCGGUUAAUAGGAUAUAAGAUUUUAGACACAGUGCUUGAUUGAGAUUCUGAACUCUAAUUCCUCACCAACAGGUAGAUUUACUAUGUUGUCAACUUUUCUUGAUGAGAUCUUUAAACUAGUUUAUAUAUCAAAUUUCUCUCUAAUCAUAUGCAAGUUUGUUGCUUGUUAUCAAAUUAUUAUCCCCUGCUCAGUAGAGAGCUGAAAGAGAAUGAUGAGUUUUCGCCAUGUGAUAAAUGAACUGUAAUAGAGGCAUUCCAAAGGAGCAUAUCUUACCAUGUGAUGUAAAGAAGUGUAAUAGAGGUCACUUUGAGGUGGGGUCUCCUUGUAGUAGUUGGUGACUACCUCACUUAACAACAUACGGGAGGCCCGUCAUAUGCCAUUCAGAGUAAUGGGGGUAAAGGACACAACAGCACAGACUAGCCUGUAUGUCAGCUUCCUAUUUUGGUAAAAGUAAGUAGGGGUGAUUAUUUUACAAGAAUGAAAAUUUUACAGGACACCAACCCAUUUCUCAGCUUCCCGAGAAACACAAACUGACAUGUAUAUGGAAUGGGAGUCUUGAACCACACACCUUGGAUCUUCACCUGAGGUCACAUGGGUUGUGUUCCAACUGACCGGACUAUAUCACAGCCCCUGUAUUCUGGAGGAGAAUGAUAAGGUCUCAUUUCGUUAUUAGAUCUGUCGUCUUUUGUAGCCUUGGAAAACAUAAAAACCUGUAUUUAGAAGCAGGUAUCCUGAUAGAUAGGAGAAUGUCACCAAGGUUUGUGAUACAUUAAAUCUCAGGUUUAAUAGUUCUCAUUUUAUACAAUGGUGACUAUUUGUAACUUUAUAUUAGGUUUGAAAAUUCCUGUACAUUAUUCAUGUGAGAAAGGUGUAUAACUUUUCAGAAUUAAAUUUGUUUGUGAUGUUCCUGUUAAACAUAUUGCAUACACUCUACAUGUAUACACUGCCAUCUAUAAAAUCUAUACACCCUUUGUGACUUGUAGGAGUAUUGUAAAUGCAUCACAAAUUAACUUUGCAAUUUCUUGAAGAUUUUUAAGUUGUCUGUGACAAUGGCAAUUUUUUUAUGAAAACAACCCACCUAGAUGUAGUUUCAGGGAGGGUCAAGAGAGGCUAUAUUUUUCAAGAUGUUCCAAAAAUGUAUACCCCCCCACCACCUCCUUCCCCUCGUUUUUAAUUUUUUUUAAAAAGAAGAAAAAAACAUAAUUUAUCAACUUUUCCUAGACUAUAGAACCAAUAUGAUAAGAAGUUAUCAGACAAAAAGAAUACAAUACACAAUAUUUUACCGUAACCAGCUGUGACAAUACACAAUAUUUUACCGUAACCAGCUGUGACAAUACACAAUAUUUUACCGUAACCAGCUGUGACAAUACACAAUAUUUUACAGUAACCAGCUGUGACAAUACACAAUAUUUUACAGUAACCAGCUGGGUUUUAUAAUGGUAUCUACUAAGUGUAUAGGAGAUUGUUGUGGAUGGCAGUGUAGUAAUAUUGCUUCAAUGAGAAAAUAUAAGUAAUGCAUUUCUUAUUACACUGUAGUUAUCUGUACAAAUAGAUUGCUAUCUUUCAGUUAUGAUAACAGUAAAUUUUUCCUUUCAUUUUGUUGACAGUAUUAUUAUAUAUGUUUUUAUUAUUAUAUAAGAUUAUAUAUUUUGAUUUCUAAAUGAUGUUAAACUCUGGUGCAUUAUAGUAUUUGUGUGUGUUUUGUUUUACAAACUUUUAUCUAUAGAUAUAUUUAGAAUGGUUUUUGUUGUUUUGCAAACUAUUAACUAAAUUGAUUUUUAGAAUAAUUUGCACCUUAUAUCAUUACUGUUAUAUGUUUGAUAUACAAUGUAUGAGGAUUUAGAUCUACAUAUGAGAGAGGCUCUUAUAAAUAUACAUCAAAGAUUGGUAAUCUACCAAGUGUUGGUAUGGAUAAUGUGUUGACUUCAUCAUGGUACUGUGGACAUAGAGCAAUCGGUAAUUUAUGGAAAUAUGGAAAUUUACGGUGAGGGAAAUGUACGAUAAAUACAUGAUUGCCGUUUGGCCAGGAAAUUUUUUUCACAUGAAUAAUUUUGUGAUGUGUGGUAUUUAUAGAACAGUUGCAAAUGAAAAAAUUGCGGAAAUAACCCCCACUCAUAUAGUUUACCUAUUAAACCUUCACGGAAAUAACCUGAUUUACAGUAUAGAGAUGAUGUGUUAUCAGCUUUGGUAGAUCAGUUUUAGUCUGUUAUCUUAGUUUCAAUUGUUUUACUCCAUACAAAUACUUUUCCUUAUUAUCAAGACUCUUUUAUUUUACUGUCUCAUGAUGUAUUUAUGUUAAAGAAUUAAGAGUUGUGAUUUUAUUGAGCAGUAUUAUUUUAGACUUGUAUAUUAUAAAAUGCCAAAGCCUACAAGUUACUUAAGUCCCAUAUCCUAAUAUGUUUUAGCCAACUAUCUUAUUUUACAUCACCUUUCACUGUGGUCCUUCCAUCCCAUAAGCAAUGUUUGCUUCUGCCCCAAGAGAUUUACAUUUGGAACUACUGAAGAGAUUGACUUUCCUGACUUUUGAUUUGAUAUUUUUAAUUUGGGAAGAUUUUCAAGAUGGCUACCAUUUCAUAUUGGUUAUAUUUAUGAUGUCAUAAUAAUAAAGAUGCAUAAUAUGUACAAUGUGUUGAAACAUCAGCAACUGUUCAAAUUAUAUGCUUUAGCAUAUUUAUGAUUUCUGUCACUAAAACAAUAGUCUGUCUUAUUAAGUUCAGAGGGAAAGUCCCACAUAUAAAAAUCCACAUUAAUAAUUUUAAUCUGUUAAAUGUAUUUAUUUAACUGCAGUGUAAUGUUGACAAUUCAGACCUGGAUCAUCUUCGCUAGCUAAUACUUCUGAUUAGGAGAGUAAUGUUAUCAGAAGCCUUGGCUAGCGAAGAUGGACCUGGAGCAGCCUACAUGUAUUUUGUUAGGAAAGUUAUAUAUGCUAAGGGAGGUAACUCUGACAUCACAGUCAUUAUCUCAUCCUUGAUACUCCAGUCCAGGGGUCUACUGUGAUCCUAAUUCCUGUAGGAUAUGGUAUGAUCUGUAAACACCCCAACAUUACAUUUAGUGUUGUGCCACCAAUUUAAAUGUCGAUAUGAUCUGAAGUUAUAUCAUCAGCUCUGUAUUAAGGUCUUAUAGUAAGGUUCGGGAAUGUUUUAAUAAACAUUAAUGAUUAUACCCUCUCUUUAAUUUAUGUUCUUUGUCUGCCAAAGACAAUAAAAUGUUUUGUACAGUUGAGAGUCUAUUUUGAGUAUUACAUUGUAAUUUAUUGUUGUUGAUAUGUCGUCGAUUUGAUUCCAUUAUCACUGUAUGUUUUAUAAGCUCUCCUGACUGAAGGGAGAGUUUGUGUCAUGGUACAACAUCCGUCAUCUGUCUAUCUGGCCUCCACUGGUGUCUUUUAAUAACCCAAAAGGCACAGUGCCAUGAUAGAAAUAUACGUUGGAAUUUAUACAUAGACACCAGUCUUAUGUUCCCUGGUGUACAAGUUCUUGUUACAUCAUUAGGAAAACUACAAAUAAAUAUCAGAACAUACCAAAACAAUCUUAAAAAUCCUCUCUAGAACAACCCAACUCCCCAAUGGAUAAAGCUUUCCCCUCCCCAACAGCAUCACCUACACCCUGGUGAAUUAUUGAAAUGAAAGACAUCCAUCAUUCUCGAUAUAACGACCUUUCAAGGUCACAUGUGUAAAAAAUCUUUUAAAUAACUGUUUUUUAACCACAUGACCCAGGGUCAUAACCAUAGGAAUUGAUUGGGUUUAUAAUUUGUUUGAAGGGAUGAAAUUAAAACAAGGUCACAAGGGUCAAAUUCACAGCAUCAUCUGAAUAACUAAGAAGCUAAAAUUGAUGAUAAUACGAAAAAAAAAAUGCUGAGAUGAAGGGCUAUCAAGGCUAAUUUAACAUUGAAAGGCACAUGAUGUACACAAAAUUGCCUUUUAAUAUGCUGUUGAAUAGGUGAGUGAUACAGGCCCAUUGGGCCUAUUGUUACUAUUUCAUUGUCACUUAAAUAUUGCUGCUGCACAUGAUGUUGUUUUAUUCAUUCCUUUUUCACAUUUUAAUUUUAUCAUUGUUCAAUUUUUCAGAGAUAUGAUAUUUUUGUCUUUAGAGGAUAUUAGUGAUGCUGUUCGAAUUACUAUGAUUUAUAUUUAUUUGUGAUAUAGUGGACACAUUGUCUGAUGGUAUAGGGUUAUUAUACAUGUAUAUACAAUAUAUUAGAUGUUUCUUUAUAUACAUUGUAUGCAAUCCCUCCUCUGACCUGUAUCUCAACCUCAUACCAUCAAGUUAUCCUGUGGGUUGUGUCAUAUUGUUGUUGAAUUAUACAGGUCUAGAUAAAACCAUUAAUUUCUUUCAGAGAAAAAAUAUAUUCAAGGAAAACAAAACCACCAGACUUUUACUGCUAGACCUUCCUCCAUCCAGGGCUUCUUUUUUCACUUCCUGUUUCACUUCUUGUUUCACUUCCUGUAUUGUGUAAUUAAUAUUGGUAUAACCCAGGCCAAUAGAACAUGGACUUCAGUGACAGGCGAUAACAAUUAGUCCUUUUGUUUUUAUUGUUGUCCUGUUUUUGGAUUUGUAUUCGUUUAAGAAUGUAUAAAAUAACAAAAUAUGGUAACUGUUGUUUGAGAUCAUGUACUCUUUGAAUUCCUGUUAAAUUUAAUGAUUAAUUAACAAUAAAAAAUAUCUGUUAUAAUGUCACUGAUUUACAUCAGUACUAAGUCGUUCUGAGUUCGACUUUACGAGAACAAGCUACUGAAAUGAAUCAGGUUUUUGAAUUCGAGAACAAGCUACUGAGAUAAAUCAGGUUUUUGAAUUCGAGUGCGAGUAUGCUGUAAGCUAGGGCGUGAAAGUCUGCAAGCUUGGGAUUGUUUUAUUGAUAUAUAAAGAGAUCAACACUUAUAAUACA